AUGGAUGUGGUAAGGAAGGAUGAAGAGACUGUGCUGCGGAAGAGCAAAAAGAAGAAGCACAAGAAAAACAAGGAGAAAGAGGCUUUGAGCUCUUGCGAAGUACCUAAAGAGAAGAACAAGCACAAGAAAAGCAAGGAAAUAGAGACUUUAAGUACCUUAGAAGUAAGUAUAGAGGAUAAAAAGAAGCACAAUAAUAGCAAGGAAAUAGAAGCUAUAAGUUCCUCAGAAGGGUCUGAGGAGAAAGAAGGUGGGUCUGAUUAUGGGAUAGAAGAAAGUGGUAAACGCAAAAAGAAGAAAGACAAGGAAAUAGUUACUGAGUGCAGUGAUGUAGAAUGUGCAACCGAUCAGGCGGCUUCUAAAGAGAAGGAUCGCAUUUAUGUGAGUGCUGAGGAUAAGGGGAAGGGUAAAAAAAAUAAAAGAAAGAAUGAAAAUGGAGGUGAUUCCGGAGAAACCUGCAUUGAGAAGUCUGGUGGUGAGGCUCAAUCUGGUUCUCGUUCUUCUAAGAAGAAAAUAACCAAAUUGGAUGCAAAUAUUGAAAAUAUGAACGCGAGCAGUUCCAAAAAAUCAUCUGAAAGAGUAAAAUUUGCCAGUCAUGUAGAAGUCUUCCAUUCUGAUGACACAGAUGAUGAGGAAAACCCAGGAAAUAAGUUAGUUCGAGGUAAGAGGUUCACGCGGGAAGAAGAUCAAAUACUCAAAGAUGCUGUUCACAAGUAUAUAGAGGCACAUAAAUUGGGUGAGAAAGGCUUGGAUAUGAUUCUGCAGUGCCGAAGACAUCCAAAUAUAAGAGGAUGUUGGAGGGAAAUAGGGGCUGCCUUACCGUAUAGGCCUCGCACAGCGAUAUAUGACAGAGGACAUACUUUGUUUGAGAGGGCAGAGUCACGUGAAUGGACUUCGGAUGAGAAAGCAUCUGUCUUAAAGUUUUAUGAAAAGCAUGGACCAGAUUGGAAAAGCAUGUCCCAGGUCCUUGCAAAGGACAAAAAUCAUGUGAAGGACGCAUGGCGUCGGACAUUUCGUGCGGGUCUUGGAAAGGGUAAGUGGACUCAGAUGGAGUAUCAGUCUUUGUUUCAUUUAGUAAACAAGGAUUUGCGAAUGCAUGUGUGUGAGGAAAAGAAAUCAAAGCAUGGCAUGAUACGUGACAAUAUCGGAUGGAAAGCGAUUAGUAACCGUUUAGCUACUCGAACACAAAUGGGUUGCUGUAACAAAUGGUAUAGACAAUUAUCAUCAUCUAUGGUUAAAGAAAAGAUAUGGGCUGACAUAGAUGAUUAUCGAUUGCUGGAUGAACUUCUUAGGCUAGAUGCGUGCUGUGUUGAAGAUGUUGACCGGGAUAAUCUUCUUGAGCAUAGGUCUGGAGAUAUUACUCUGAAACGUUGGAGACAGAUGGUAAAUCACAUUGGUAUUCAUAAAAUUCAAUCCUUUGGAGAAAAAGUAGAAGUGCUCGCUAAGCGCUAUUGUCCUGAGCUACUUGAAGUCAGAGAAGCUCUUGAGAGCAGACCCGUGGUUGAUUGA